AUGAAUAAAACAUAUUAUGUUGUUUUCUAAUUUUUAGUAAUUUUUAAUGUGACUAAUAAUUAUUAAAUAUAUUGAAUUAUUUUAUUUUUAGAAAUUAAUAAAUAUUAAAAUUAAUUAAUAUUAUUUAUAAAAUAUAUAAUUUUAUUUUAGAGAUAAGAAACACAAAUAAAUUAUUUCACAUUAUUAUUUAAAUGAUAUCUAAAGUACAAAAAAUUGUAUGAUAAUUUUAUAUUUCUACAAAUAUUAUUAAUUAAUUAUUAAUUAUUAUUUAAUUAAAAUAUAGUAGUUUCUUCAAAAAAAAGAGUCAAAAUUCGUUUUUUCAUAAAAGCUAACAAAAGUUAGUUUUUGGUUUUUCUUCAUAAAUUGGUUAAACUUUUUAAAAACUAGUUUCUCUAAAUUUUAGGGAAUCAUCUAUCAUAUGUAUCAGUGUGGAUCAGUUGGUUCGUAUCAUUGACAAGGCGAUACGAAACAUAAUAACGUCACUCCGGUACAGGGCUGAUCACAAGUAUGCCGGCUUAAUGCAGAGAUGGUUUGUUGUUUCGGACAACACCUAGAUAGAACUUCUAUUUGCAAAAUUUGCCUUGUAAAUCUUAUAAAAGGGCACUUUAGAAUUUUGUAAAUGUUCAUUCUUUUUACAGUAUCAAUAAAUUUCAAAUUUCAUCAAAAAAAUUUUUUUUUUAGGGAAUCUAUUUGUUAGAAAUCUUGAUUGACAAAUGAAAUGGUUUUUACAAAAACAAAAAUUAAAAGGUAAAACUUGAUUGGAGGAAAAUAGUUUUUGAGAAAACAAAAAUCAAAAACUAGUCUUAAAACUACAAACAAUCAACCUCUGAAAAAUGACAGAAUUUCCAAUCUGACAAUAUUUUUUUGACUAUCAAAAUUUUGAGCUAGAAACAUAAGAUAUAAUGUGUUAUUACGUGAUUCAUAUAAUUUAUGUAGUUUUUAAUACAUUACUUUUCUUUAUAUAUAUGAUGUUCAUGUAGCUGGUAAUUAUUAUUAAUUUAUGACCAUUAAUAUAAUAUAUCUUUCCAACUAUUUAUUCAUAAAUCGAAUGAUCUUGUGUGAAUCAUAUUGUGAAUAAAGUUAAUUAAAGUAUUUCAAGUGUUAAUCAAAUGAUAUCACUAAAUGUUUUUAUGGUAUUUGUCAAACGUUAUCCAAAGCUUACCAAAUAAUAGUAUUUCACUAUUUUCAUACGUAUUUAUAAUCCUGGAAUUAUUUCGUAUAAAAACUAAACUAUUUAUGUUUGCUAAAUUAGUCUAUGAUAUUUUCAUCUAGCUUUAGUAAAUCGAUAAGCAAAAAUUUAUGUGCAAAAAUUCAGUCUUGUUUUCAAGCCAGUGGUAAAAGCAAGACCACUUUUUGACUACUAUCGUGCAACAAAACUUUUGUUUUACUAGAAAUGUGUGAAACCACACUCAUUCGUUAAUGCCUACAUAAACAUUAUUUAAUUAGUUUCAUUGUGUGGUGCCAGGAAAUAAACAUUAGUCUGUUACAGUAUAUUCGUAUUUUGUUUUUGUUUUGUAUCUUAGACUUAUGGAAGAGUCCAUAUUAAUCUCCAACGAGAUGUGCAGUUCAUGGCUAAACCGUCUCUUUAGAUAUUCAAACGGAUCGAAAGCAAUGGUACAUAUCCAUGUAAGGUAUCCCGAUAACAUGUGAUUUAAUUUCGUAUAACAGAUGGAUCAAACCAGAAAUUGUGUUGAUAUCUUAAACUCUUCCCUUUACCACUUGACCACAAGCUCUCAGACUAUUUGUAUUUUGUUUCCUUUCUGAAAAACUUUUUAGUAGAUAAUUUUUUUUCUAUUUUUCUAAAAACAAACUCUAUUUAAAAAAAAAAUCCAUUUUGGAGUUUUUAUAUGUAUUAAACAUAUUGAAUUUUAGUUAUAAAUAUAUGAUUUUUUGUGAGUAUCUACUUAUUACAAUAUUAAAUUAAAAAUUUCAGUUGUUAUAUAAUGUUUUUAAAUUAACAAUAUGCCAUUACUAUUAAAAAUGUAGAAAAAUAUAACAAUAGAUCUUUUUAUUUUUAUUUUAUAAAACAUGUAUAUUUCUUAAAAGGGAAAAAUAUAUAACAAUUGUUUACCAUAAGACUUGUCUCACUUUGGUUUUAGUUAAAUAAGACAAGGUUUAUCGCCAAACAAGUGUUGCUUUCAGGCAUUGAAGUCGCUGACCUAAGAUGCUUUGCAGAGAUUCUAUCCCGAUUAUUAUAUAUUUUCAUUUUAAAAUCAGGGGAGAAAUAAUGAUAAUUAUCCCAAGUUUAUAAUUUAAUCAGUGUCUUCCCAUAAAAACACGAGCCUCUCCAACAUUAUUAUUCUCAUAAUCACUUUACAAAGUUUAAAAUAGUGUGAGUAUGUAUAAAUUAAUAAUAGAAAGAGGAAGUUUUGUGUGAAGGAGAGAUUGGUUGAAGUUUUGAUGUGAAUGUCUUUCAAGCCAACAAACAUUCACGUUGGAGGUCAUUUCUAAAGGAGUCUCGGUCCUAAUUAGGGUUUCACGUCAUUCUCACUUCCAUAGUGUAUUAUCCUAACAUUACACGCGCACACACACACACACUCUCUCUUAACUAUUACUUUUAUUUUAUUUAUAUAAUUAAUAACCUAAUAAACUUUUUUUUGUUUCAUUUUUCCGUAUGUGAUAGAAAAAAUCAAACAUAGGCCGCCAUAGGAUUUUCUCCAAACCAUAUAUAUAUUUUAAUUGUUGUGGGUGUAUAGAAGGUGGAUUUUCUUUUAUACUACACAAAGAAAUAAUGGUUUUAAAAAUUGUAUAUAUAUUUGAAACACCUACUAAAAAUAUGUAAAGUCAUGUUGCUUAUAUAUGGUUGGUUCUUUUCACUUUUGAUGUAAGAUUUCUAACUCGUUUUCCAAACGAUAAACAUUGAAUAUUUCUUUCAUUUUAAAUCGUGUACCUGUUUGGACUAUGAUAGUAUAUGAUCUAUGGUAUAUUAACAAUUUUUUAUUUAUAAAAGAUAUGGAAGUAGUAUAUAAUCUUUAUGAAACAGAUAUAUAUAUAUAUAUAUAUAUAUAUAUAUAUAUAUAUAUAUAUAUAUAUACAGUUUGAUUUUCCAAACGAUAAACAUUGAAUAUUUCUUUCAUUUUAAAUCGUAUACCUGUUUGGACUGUGAUAGUAUAUGAUCUAUGGUAUUACCAAUUUUUUUAUUUAUAAAAGAUAUGGAAGUAGUAUAUACUCUUUAUCAAACAGAUAUAUAUAUACAGUUUGAUUGAAUAGUAUCUGUUCAAAAGCCCUUAAUCACGAUAUAGUAAAGAGACAUAAAGGGUAGUAAAUAUCUUUCCUUGUAAACCACCCAUCUCACGUCCUCGAUUUUGUAAUCUUUGAAAGAGAGAAAAUUGAGACACCGAGAAACUGGUUAAUAUUUUUGACAACUUAUUUUAUAAAUACUAUAAGGAAUAAAGAAAUAUAAGAGAUUCGUAAUAUACGACUGUCGUGUGAAGGGAAGAGUCAAAGGACAACGUGGGGAAACUUCUCAAACAGCAUCGGACGCCAACCUAUCACGCGCAUGUGCGGUGCUCACUGCAUUUUUCUAAUUUACCACAUUGCUCACCAUUAUCAGAGUCAAUAACGUCUUUGCAGACGUCUAUUUUGAGACGUUUGAUUAUUUACCUGUAAUGUGCAUGUAUUCUGUAUAGUCCAAAAUAUGGACUUAUUUACGCAUGUUAUGAACAUGAUAAAAUACAAAGUAUAUUCGAAGUCUUCAUAAAUCAGUAUAAUUUGUUAGAUUUAAAUGUGAUAUUGCAUCUCUACUAAGCAAUGUAAUGUAGCCAGAUCUGAGAUUUUGAAGAUAUAAGAAUUUACUAAAAAUAAUUUUUUUAAAAAUUAUCUUUUAUAAUUUAGAAGUUUAUGUAUAUAAUGGCCAAUAUUUUUUGGGAGCCAAGAUCAAUAUUUUACUGGAUUAUGCUCUGAUCCGGUCUUUGCUACUUAACAAAAAACGGGUUAACCAUUUUGUUACCAUGAGGUCCAUGAUGGUAGUAAACCCCAGUUAUAUCUUCAAAUUUAUAAGAGUUACAAGAUAAAUUAAGAUUGAUAUGAAAUAUUUACUCUCAAAUGAUUUUUCUCUCAAUUGUUGACCAAACUUUUUGUAAAAAUCUGUGAAGCAUAGUAAAAAUAUUUAAUAGAAUUAGAUAAAUUAAUGAAUCGGAUAUUCAAAUCUUAGAAUUCAUAAAAUUAAAUUAUAAAGUUAAUGUAAUUGUUAAAGAUAACCGAAAAAUUUCUUGUUUGACCAAAAAAAAAAAGAUAACCGAAAAAUUAUUAAUGUAAAUUGUAACACAAAUACGGAAGAAUAUUGGAAGGAAUAUGGCUAAAGGGAUUCAAUAAACUUGGUCGUGAGAAUGGUUACAAAAAAUGUCGUCAGAAAAAACCCAAGGCUGGUUGUUUUCUUGAUUAAAGUUAGAAUUAAAUGAACACAUGUGAACACCAACCUCGCUCUCUCCAAAGCCUUCAAAAACCUAUUAUAAAUACAGAACUCUCUAACUCUCUCCCUUUAACACUAAGCUUUUCUUUCUUCCUUCUAUAUUCUCAAACUUAAGAAAACUCUAUACUUAGGUAACAAUUCAAAUUAAUAAGACAGGUGUGGUCGUGAUCAAAGCAGAGAUGGGCGGUCCAGGAUCAUCAUCACCAUGUGCUUCGUGUAAGCUUCUUCGACGACGCUGUGCAAAAGAUUGUAUCUUUGCACCUUAUUUCCCUCCUGACGAUCCUCACAAAUUCGCCAUUGUUCAUAAGGUCUUCGGCGCAAGCAACGUCAGCAAAAUGUUGCAGGAACUACCAGUUAAUCAAAGAGCUGACGCGGUGAAUAGUCUGGUUUUUGAAGCAAACGCACGAGUUAGAGAUCCGGUAUAUGGCUGCGUAGGAGCAAUCUCCUACUUACAAAACCAAGUCUCACAGCUUCAAAUGCAACUAGCAGUGGCUCAAGCCGAGAUUCUCUGUAUCCAGAUGCAACACGAGCAACCUUUACAAUCUCAUCAUCAAGUACUUGAACUAGACCAAGACGAAAAAGCUCUCUUGCUAAACAACAAUAAUAUCAAUAACUGCAACAACGACAAUAACAACUUGGGUUAUGCCAUGUCUUCUGGGCAGUUUAACUCUAACUUUGCUUCUCCAAGUAGUAUAAUGCAGAUGCAGAUGCAAAUGCAAGACCCUCUUAAGCAAGAAUCUCUAUGGACUUGACUUAAGCCAUUGUUAUAAAAUUAAUCAUCGUUGUUUGGAAAAACACAAUGAAGACUCGACAAGUUUGCUUCUUGGCUAUGUUUAAAAAGAGAAAGAUGGGAACAAGUUUCGUGUAAGCAAAGUAAUAUAAGUCAAAAGCUUUAAUGCAUGCAUGUGGUGGUGAUGAGUUGUGGUUAGAAGCUUUAGAAUUAGAGAUCUGUUUUUAUUUCCCUCUUAAUUUGGUUUCUCACUGUAUUUUUCUUUUUACAUCGUUUGAACAGUGAAAUUAGAUCUAAUUCCAAACCCUGUUUAAUUUUCUUUCAAGUCUAAGAAUUUCUUUUUUGGCUGAAGUCUUCAAGAAACUGCUCUAUCCACACACGCUUUCAUUCCCAAAGAACCGACUCAAAACGGUUUCGAGUUCAGAUUAAGAGAAAAUUUACCCGGUUCAAUGGAUAAGUUUAAAGAAGAGAGAUGAUCAGUAUUUUAAAAUUACAUUGCUUAGAAAACAAAAGCAAGUUUGCUUUACCUGGAAUAUAUUUAUAUAUACAUAUAUA